AUGACCAACGUAACAUCGGAAAUCAAAUCUCAUUGGCUUGGACCUAAUUAUACACAAGAAGGUGUUAUGGGUAAUGAUAUCACUCGAAGUAAUUUACCCAAUAUUCGUGUUGCUUAUCGUUUUGAAACUUUAACACAAGAAUUACGUUUGCUAUUAAAUUCUGUGUUAGCCAGUCGAACUAGUGGUUCCGUUUCACCGGGUAGUAAUAAAGAUUUCGCACAUAUUAUUGGUCAAUUAUCUGGUGAUUACAAGGAGUUAUGUAAGCGAUAUGAUAUGGAUUUAUACGGUGUAAAUGCUCUGUUAAUUUAUUUCGACAAUUUGCAAACUACUAAAUAA